AUGGAUUACAAAUUGUCACGGGUAUCGAACAGGCCCAUUACCCCAGACACAGAAGGCAAUGAAUCGGGUGAAAACUUCCGUCGGGUCGUCGGCCAAUUCAUCCACGGGGAUCGCGGCAACGCAAGCCAGAUUUUCCAACCGUCCGUUGACCGGUCCCCGCUUGACUCUGUAGCUACCUCUGUUGCUACCUCUAUUGCUAGCUCAAGAGACUCUACAUCGCCUCAUAGCGACAUGAAGGCUGAAACUGAAGACCUAUCCCCACUGGAAGGGAAAAAGAGAGCAGCCGAAUCCUCAACCCUCUCACGGAAACUGGCAACGCAAGAGAUGCAACGAAAGAGACGUAUAAGCGCUACAGCAAUCAGUACGAAGAUGAUAAACGAUACGAUUCAAUACCUACAAGCGGGAGUGGGCCACGAUGCACCUCGCCACACAAUUGCUACUGAGCAGACACAACCAGAAGACAAGUGCCGGAGGUGUGCUGCUGCGGAUGAGGAACGGCUAUAUGAUUGA